UGGGGUGUGGUGGGAUUUCUUAUUAAAAAAAAUGCCUGCAGACUUAUAGUUUAUUUGAGAUAAAUCGGAUGAGUGGUUAAAAGAGGUACACAGUCACUGAUAGGAUAGAGAAACUUUAUCUCCUGCUGAAUGUGGGCUCUGCUUGCACUUAAAGAUGCAAAAGUUUUGAAGAGUGAUAAAAAGUGUCCUCAGUCAACCUCGACAGCUUAAGGAGAAGACAGCUUGAGAGGUUAAAGACGUUUUAAUAAUAUGCCUCUCUGUGGGAGACGGACGUGAUGCUGCAGUGAAUUCUUGUUUCAGGUGAUGAUGUGUGCAGUGCUUCAGGUGAAGAUGUGUACCAGCUGCAUUGUUCCUCACCACCUCUUUCUUUUCCUCAUCCUCAUGUUCAUCACAGUUCCUGUAUCAGCUGUCACUACUGUAAAGGUGGAGUUUAAUCAGACUGCUGCUCUGCCCUGUAAUCGGAGAUGUUUUCGUCAUGUCACAUGGUCUCUGUUCAAUAACUUAUAUAGUGGCUCGGUGUGAUCAGACAUCCUGCUGGCCAGCAGAAGGAUUUAAAAUCUCCCAUAAUCAGUAUCUGAAGAGAGAUCUGACCCUCACCAUCACUGUAGCUGAUGACAGUAAGAGGAACAUAUACAGGUGUCAGUGUGAUGGCAAAGACGUUAAUGAUGUGCGUCUCAGCAUCAGGUCCAUCAUCUCAUCAGUUCAGGUGAAUCCUUGUGAAGAUCUACAGCUGAAUUUGCACAUAUCAGACCAAGUGGAGGUGAUCUUUAAACACAGAAAUUCAUCAGAUCCACAUGGUGUACAGAUCUGCAGUGUGUAUAAAAGCUCACUAAACUGUACAGCUGAAUACACACAGAGAACAUCACUCACUAACACACUUCUUACACUGAGAGGAGUAAAGUGGACUGAUGAUGGAGAUUACAUCGUCAGAGACACGGAGUAUAACGAGAAACUUCAUAUUUACUCAGUAACAGUAAGAGAUCAGAACAAAGAUCAGGAGUGUGAUCUACCAGUGUGGGCGAUCAUCCUGAUAGCGGUGCUUCUGGUUGCUGCACUGAUUGUGAUAAUCCUGAUCCUGAGGAUUAUAUAUCACUGUAACCGAAGAGGUGAUUAUAUUGUACAGAGGCCCAAGAAUGGAGCAGGAGAACUUCAGAGCUUUAAUGGCACAAUAAAAAUGAACCUAAUGGAGAACUGAUGUUAAGACAGAGUGAGAACGAAAGUGACGAGUAGUAACAGAGGGAAGAGACUUGUAACUACUGUACAUACAGCAUGAUGCUGGAACAAUGAGAGAUCAAAACUCAAAUGGGAGCACAGGAAUAAAUGACAUGUAUCUGGAUCUACAGCUUUCUCCGUCCCUUUGUGCUUCACAACAACUGAAGAACAUGACCUGACUACAGAAUCUGCUCAGAUCCUCACACAAGUUGUCAGGUCUAGACCAGACUACUGCAGAUCUCUUUUGGAAUCAGACCCUGGUUUAGAUGUCCACACCUACACACCACAUCAUCAAGCCUUCAAACUCAUGGCUUAUAUACUCUGUCCUUCUCUGGGAUCUGCUUCAGUCCUGGUUCCUCAGAAGUGUGAUGUGUGUCCACUGUGGGAAAAUAAUCUUAAGUCAUUGUUUUAUUUCCUUUUAGUUCUAAUAUUUUUGUGGAUCAUGCUGAAGCCAAAUCGAGUUACAAUGCAUGUUAAAUUCAAACUUUACAUUAGUCUUGUGGUUCCUGUAUCUCAUUAAUAUGAAAGGAAAGGGCAAGGUAACUCAGGGUAUCAUCUGUCCCUUUGUGACAUCUGUCCCAUUGUUUAAGGUCAAGAAGGAAUGCCAAGCGUUUGAGGUGAAUUCAUUCCUAUGAUAAUGAAGGGGUCUGAGAAAGACUGUUGUGUUAGAUGGUUACAGCACUGGACCUCUCUCUCCAUCCCCUCUGUUCUAUACACCACCCCAUUUUUUGCACUUACACUAAUUCUGGACUGUCACUGUCACUCUGGACUUGCACAGCACAGUGCCACUUUAUACACCAUAUACACUAUUUACACACCAUACUUCACCUGAACACUUUAAGGACAAUCUAUAAAAACCAUACAUAUUUAUAUUUAUUUCUGUAUAUGUAUAUACAUUAUCUCUCCAUUUCUCCAUCUAUAGUUUCAUAUUUUUACAUAGUCUUUAUAUAGUUUUC